CAGUAAUCUGCGUUAUCAUCUUAUACCUUCCUUUACCUGUCAGCAAAGAGCUUGUAUCAUACCGGUACCUGCGGAGUAAUGCAAUGUUUGUGCAUCUUGGGGGUGACGAGAACUCCAAGCCUACUUACUUUGAAGUAAUUGCAGCGGAUCGAUUGGUUCCUAGCUUAAAAGCGGCGGUCGUCUACGCGCUAUCGGUCUUUUCCCAGCGGCACCCAUGGGUCCAUCGACUGCUCAACUACGACGAUGAGGUCUUUGCUCUCUUAACACUCUUCCUAGAUGGCCACUCUUUGCUUGCCUCGGAUAGCACCUUCGCAGACAGCCUGUAUGGCCUCAAGCGCAAGCCGCUGCGGCCAGGCGCAAGCCCUGUCGAGCGGCUAACGCGCCGGCAGCGCUGGCUCAUCCUGGCCUGCCAGGUGCUGCUGCCGUACCUUCGGGCCAAGGCGGAUAAGGCCUACCGGCGAUCCUCCGCAAGCUCGGGCAUUCUAGGUCUCGCAAUUCAGUAUGGAGCCUCUCAGGACCCCUCCAGCCCGGAUCCAAGCAGCCCCAGGGCCCCGGCAGUCAGCAGCAGCUGGCGGGGCCAGCUGCGCGGGGCCCUGCUGGCCGCCUACCCCUGGCUGCAUGCGACCGUGGAGGGUGUCACGUUCGCCUACCACCUGUCGUACCUGCUAGGGGCAAGCCCCGUACACCACCCUGUCCAGCACGCGAUCGGAGUCAGCAUGGCUCGGACGUCGGCGCAGGAUAUGAUGGCCGCUGAGCGGGAGAAGCAAGAGAGGCGCCGAGCACUGCUGACAGCCUGGCUGGGACCGCAACUCGCCUACCGGCAACAGCCGCAGCCGCCGUCGCAGCCAUCCUUACCUUCGUCAACCCCCCUUCCGGGAGUCUCCGGCCUAACA